GGGACGCCUUAUGCACACCCGGCGCCCUCGCCCUCGCACCUUUCUCCUGGAGAUGUUUGCCACUUUCCAAAUCUGUGCCUGCACCAAUGAGCUCCGGCUGCUGGCCAAUGUACAGCCCAAGCCGCAUGUUGCCCUCACCCUCACCUAUGUUUUUACCGUCCUGCAUGGCUUGACUCUGACAGGCAGUACAUGCAAUCCCUGUGGCACCCUGCAACAAAUCUUGGAUAGUGGGGUUUCAGUCAAGCAGGGCGGGCUGAAGAUUGGAGCUCAGUUCACUGGUGCAGUGCUAGCUAGAAUUUACGUCCAUCGCAUCUGGUCCAUGGGGAUCAUCCAGGUGCACUCUGAGGCACUGGCUGAGGGCUGCAGUAAUCCCAUCCAAACCACGGAGACCCAGGCUUUUUGCAUAGAGCUGCUCUUCUCUACUGCGUUCCAGCUGACCAUACUGCAAAUCGAGUCAGUUAAACCCAGGCUCAGAGUCCACCUGAUUGCUCUUCUCAUUACUAUGCUGGUGUAUGGAGGAGGAAACCUCACAGGAGCAAUAUUUAAUCCAGCAUUGGCCUUUUCAUUACAUGCAAGUUGUUUUCGUAACAAAUUCUGGGAUUAUUCACUAGUAUAUUGGAUGGCACCUUCCUUAGGUACAGUACUUGUGGCCAUUGUGCGGGGUGAAAUUCUUCCUCUGAUACUGUGAGAUUUUAAAAUGGUAAACUCUAGAAUUACAUCUGUUAAAAAGACUCUUAAAAACAACUGAAGUGCAGCAACACAGUACAUAGAGGGAAGACACCUGGAUACCAGGCAUUCAGAACACUGAUUUUCUUACAGAUUUUCCAGAUAAUUAUAUGUUUUGAAAUACAGUCUUAGAACUACACAGUAGAAUUUAAUUACAACAAAUUGUAUGGAGAGAACCAUGAAAGUGAAACCUAUAUAAAAUCUCAACUUUUGUGUAUCUCCACAAUUAUCUGAAAAGGUUGGGUAUCUGCCUCUACUGUUUAAUUACAUCGGACUCCUAUCCAUAUAUAAUACCCACAAGAGAAGGGGUGAGUUCUGAAAACUUCAUUCUUCGAAUGACCCACUGCAUAUUCCUACUUGUAGCAUACUUAGCAUCUGCAAGGAGGCACCAUGGGGCAUGUGUCCCCAAUGGAUAAUAUUCACUAGAAAGAUUACAGAGUUUAACACAAGAUACACCAUUUCUCGUAAGUGUGAACAUGCAGAGGUAACACUCUAAAAAAAGACAAGGUACUGAGGAGUAGUAAUACAUCUUUUCCUUUUGUGAGGAAUCUACCUCUAGGGCCCCAUCCUGUUUGGUAGUAAAAGUUGCAGAAUCAGGCCCAUACUUCAGUUAUUUUUGUUUUCUCUUCUUCUGAGUACUAAGUGAUUAAUUGACAGCAGUUCAUUUUCUAUUGUUAACUUUGCCUAAGAUUAGUAAGUAUUAUCAGCAAGAGAAAUCUGAUAGGAGACUUAAUCAGUACUAGAGACAGGCAAAUACUUUGAUGACUUUUCAGAAAGCUUGAAUCACUUGUGAUUCUAUUUUCUCUUCAAAGGCUCUCAGUGCACAUAUUUAGUAUUUUUCUUUUACAUGGAGCAGUGCUCUGCUGUACAAAAAAAUAACGAGCAGAGUUUCUGCUGCCUCAGAAAAUGUACCCCUGCUGCACACCAAGCUAAUUGACCAGAAAAGACCUUUGUUGUGGUGAACACAGCCUACAGGUUGUCAGCGUUCCACAGUAGUUUGCAUUGUCAUAUGAUGUUUUUCUCUAUAUAUGCUUUUAUAAUACCAUUAACUUUGAACACUUUGCCCCUCUCAUCUGUGCAAAAUCACCAUUUUGUUUAAAACUUUAUUUAGAGGGUUUGGUUGUGUUCCUCCAUUUAUGGUUAGUGGAUUUGAAAGGGGAUAAAGAUAACAAAUUUUAUACAUAACAGACACUGAAGCACGGGACUCUCACAAAGCAGUCAGGAGAUUUUGCACUGUUAGAUUCCGAAUUUAAACUAACUCCAACACACCCAGUCUUUAAAAUGCUGUAGAGUGAAUAUUUUUAUGGAUACCUCUAGGUAUUUUGCCUGUUGCCAAUCUGGUUAAUUUUCAGAGAAAGUAGUAUUGCUACAGAUAAGCACAUUUUGAUUUUUGUUUUGAAUAGCUGUCCAUAUGUAAGAUAUUACAUAUGAUCUUCUAGUGUUUCAGCUGUUAGCCUUAUCUCAGCUAAGUUUCCUCUUGACUUAAGAUGAGGCAUGGUCUUACUUCAGAGCCAACUCCAAUAAUGCUGGCUUAGUAAGCUAUAGAGCUGAAAAACAAAUAGCAUCUAUUCAACAGUCUACAUUAGUCCAGGUCUGCAAACCCUUGUUUCAGGCAACCAAAUGCAUUUAGGAACAGCCAGAAAGACAUCUGAAAUUUCUGACACAUUGUUAAGGAUUUCCAGAAUCUAAGAUGACUGGCAAAAGAGCUGACUUACUUUUUUAGUCUAUUUGCUACGGUUAAUACAGUAGAGUCUGGAUUAUCCGACCUUCGGUAAUCCGACAUUCCGCUUUAUCCUACCCUGCAGCUCCUGGGGACAGAGUGGCACCGGCAGGAGGGGCAUCAGCAGCUCUAGGGCGCUGGCCGGGAGAAUGGCCCUGUUUGCUGCCCCAUCGCUCUCCUGGAGCCACUGAUGCCUCUCCUGCUGGCGCCGCUUCGGCCUUGGGAGCUGCAGGUAUCAGUGUCU